AUGAGAUUCCGAUUGCACGUUGCAUUGGCGCUGUGUAUAGCUGCCGGAGGCUUUUUAUAUCUUGGCUUUGCCGAUCUGAAGCUUCCACAUGAUAAGGCAAUACAUUUUGGCGCCUUUCUUUUGAUGACAACGUUAUUUUAUUGGACUUUGGACCUCCCGCGACAACGCCUGAUUACGACGACAUUUUUGGUUUGUACCUUGUUUGGCAGCACUGCAUCGGAAUUUGCCCAAAGUUAUCUGGCCAAAAACCGACAAUUUGAUCCCAACGAUAUUGCGGCCAAUAUUUCCGGCAGCUUAAUCGCCCUCGGCCUAUGUGCAUUUUAUCACCGCCGGCUUCUGGAACGAAGACGCCUGGCCCGAUAUCAACGAAUCCGCUCAAACCUGAGUGAGCUGGAGGCACAAGUGGAGUCCACCGAAUUCGAACUCAAUUCGGUCUCUAGUGAAGAGCAUUUGCCUAUACAACGGUCUGGAACGUCUACUCCGGCCCUUCCUCCGGGCGUUCCAUCGCUGGACACUCCCAAAUAA